GCAUAGGGACUCUUGCUGGCCCACGUUGGCAGAGGUCAAUGGCCAGUGCCUGCAGGCAUAUGGGAGCCCGCUCCCUUGCUCUUAGCAGGCAGCGAUACGCAGUGCUGAGCAGGCAGAUCCCCACAGGAAUGCCUUUGAUUUGACAUUUCGUAACCUCACGCUUCUGCAGAUAAUGGACGCUGGGAACACAUCACACUGUCACUGGCGUGCGGGAGGCCUUGACAAGGCAAAUUCUUGCUCAGCGCCCUCGUAUGCCCUGUGGCUCUGCAAUGAAGGCCUGAGGCCACUCUGAGGCCAAGCCCGUGAGGAAGAGCCAUGGCACGCAUGGCACUUGCAGUCAGCCUUUGUCACGCUGCGUGCCCUCUAACACACGGAGAUAAUGAAAAGCCAGUGGGGACAAUCUGACCCAUGAGGUGGCAGCUGUCAAGCGACCAAGCAGGGCUCACCUCUCUCGCACCAAGAUGUCUUGCUACGACCUGUGCCCACCAAGAACCGGCGUGGCCGUCCCCCAGCCCAUCGCUGAGAGCUGCAACGAGCUGUGCGCCCGCCAGUGUCCCGACUCUUCAGCCUUCAUCCAGCCACCGCCUGUGGUUGUCACCUUCCCCGGCCCCAUCCUCAGCUCCUUCCCCCAGCAAGCCGUGGUGGGCUCCUCCGGAGCACCCGCCUUUGGGGGCAACCUGGGGCUGGGAGGCCUCUACGGUGCCGGGGCCACUCAGGCCUCGGGGGGCCUCUGCACCUUUGGCAGACCCUACGCUCCUGCCGCCUGCAGCCCUCUGGCUCUGCCCCACUACAGCCAGAGGCUGUGGGACACCCGUGGAUCCUGCUAGAGCCAGGUCAACU